GAUCGCUCACAAAGAAGUACAGGUCAGCUCCAGGUUUGUAUGACCAGGGAAGUCUAACAAGACUUGCACGCUCCGACCAUCUUCUCUCUUCUUCUGUGACAGAGAGAAACAUCUAGAACCAUCCCAACUCCUCAGAUCGUUCAAAAUUCUUUUCUCAAAACGAUGCCGUCCCGGAGAAGAACGCUCUUGAAGGUCAUCAUCCUCGGCGACAGCGGGGUGGGGAAGACUUCUUUGAUGAAUCAAUAUGUAAACAAGAAGUUUAGCAAUCAGUACAAGGCGACAAUCGGAGCUGAUUUUUUGACCAAAGAAGUGCAGUUUGAAGACAGGCUCUUCACCUUACAGAUCUGGGAUACAGCUGGCCAAGAACGAUUCCAAAGCCUUGGUGUAGCUUUUUACCGUGGUGCUGAUUGCUGUGUUCUUGUGUAUGAUGUGAAUUCAAUGAAGUCGUUUGAUAACCUUAACAACUGGAGGGAAGAAUUUCUCAUUCAGGCAAGUCCUUCAGAUCCAGAAAACUUCCCAUUUGUCGUUAUUGGAAACAAAAUUGAUGUAGAUGGUGGAAAUAGUAGAGUGGUUUCAGAGAAAAAGGCUCGAGCUUGGUGUGCAUCGAAAGGAAAUAUUCCAUACUAUGAAACCUCUGCAAAGGAAGGCAUUAAUGUGGAAGAAGCUUUCCAGUGCAUAGCAACGGAUGCUCUGAAGAGUGGGGAAGAGGAAGAAAUAUACUUGCCGGAUACGAUUGAUGUUGGAAGCAGCAAUCAGCCAAGGUCAAGCGGAUGCGAAUGUUAAAUAUUGAACCCGAAUUCUUUUCCAGUAAAAAAUAAGUCAUCUUUGGAAGUAUUUAUUGGUAUGCAUGGGGUGACACUGUACAUUUGUGUUUGUGUGGGAAACGAAUUGGUCUCCUCAUCAGUGCUCUUUCAGCUAGGUUGUAUGGUGCCUUUCCUUCCAAGUUAUGUUUGAUUUCAUCCCAUUGAUAUCCAAUUAUUGUUAUAGAACUGGUACGGUGUUGCAACAUGUAUUUUCAGGAGAAUAACGCAGUUUUCAUUAAAUCGUAAUGAGUUUCGUGGAUUGAUUACA